AUGUCUAUCUCCUUUCUCCUCAUCACCUUCGUCAUCUUCUCCGUCGCUUGCUUCCCGUCGUGCUUCUCCGCCGAUCAACAGUACGAGGAGUGCCGGUUACCACUGCGAUGUGGAUCUGGACCAUCGGUGUUCCCGAAUAUCACUUACCCAUUUUGGGGCGAUAACAUCGGCAAACCAAACUUCUGCGGCCAGACAGAGUACGAGCUUUCUUGCCAGGAGAAUCAAAACCUAACCCUAGAGAUCAAAAAUCUCACUCUUCGCGUUGUUUCUGCGAAUCUGAGUGAUAAGACAAUCACCGUAGCCGAUGAGAGUUUGCUCGACGGUGUUUGCUCAGAUAUUUGGAGCUUCAACGGCGAUGAUCAUUUCGGAUUAAGCCCUAAAACAGAGUACAUCGAUCUAUUUGAUUGCCUCGGUAAUCACACGCCAACAUCAUCUCUAGCAACGAUUUCUUGCCUGGCAAGCAACGAAGGUCAGAGAAUAUAUCAUGUCUUUGGAUCGUCUAAUCUUCCCCUGAAUUGUAGCAAGGUUGGAGAAAUUCCGAUGCUUGGGUCUGCUAAGAACGCUCUUCUCCAGUCGAAUGACUCGAAGCAAGCAUUGAGGAUAGCUUUGGAAAAAGGGUUCGAAAUGAGGUACAGUAUACAAGAUGAGAUUUGCCGGGAUUGUACCGACUCCAGUGGGAUUUGUGGUUCGGACUCAGGAUCGGAAAUUUUCCGGUGUCUAUGUUUAGACAAGCCUCACAAAUCCUCCUGUAACGAUGGUCAAGGUCGCUCUACUGGAUUGAUCAGAGCAGGAAUCGGGUUUGCUUCUGGACUGCUGUUCAUCAUUCUUAUAGCCUUCAUCUCAAGCAAUCCCUCAAUGAACAUGGAUUGGAUGGUCCUGUAUGGGAUCGCGCUAGGCGUUGCUAGAGCUCUGCGAGAGGAAAGGAAGCAUAUGUCACUACUGGACACAAGAGGAACGAUUGGUUACAUUGCACCAGAAGUGUUUUCAAGAAUGUAUGGUAGGGUCUCCCACAAGUCAGAUGUGUAUAGCUAUGGAAUGUUGGUUCUUGAGAUGAUAGGAGCAAGGAACAAAGAAAGAGCUGAUCAAACCUCUGCAUCUAACGCAAGCUCAAUGUACUUCCCUGAAUGGAUAUACAAGGAUCUUGAGAAGAGAGACAAUGAAAGGCCUACAGAGAAUGGAAUCAGCAGUGACGAGAGAGGUAACAAAGAAGAUGACACUAGUAGGUUGUGGUGUAUUCAAACUUCCAUCAGAUCGCCAUCGAUGAACAGAGUUGGAGAUGAUGGAAGGAAGUGUUGA